CAUCGAUCGCCUCGUGAGAUCUGGAGUCGACGAAACGCCUAACACUGAGAUGGAGAGUGGAAACCGUUCCAAUCCGAGGAAGAACAGUAGCAGUAAGUCCAAUCGAGUUGCGCCUCCUGAGAGUCUAGGGCGCUUGCUGCAGCAACUCAAGGAGGAGAAGGAAAAACUCAAGGAGGGGAAGUCGGAGGCGACGUCGGAACGAGUUAAUUCACUCCGGGAGGAAAUCAAGGCGUUGCGCCUCGACCUAUUUGGUGGUCAGGGAGGAACCCGCGGCAUGUCGACGCAGCCGAUGAUCCAUCCAGCGCCUCGCGAGUCCAGAAAGAUGGAAGGGAAAUCUGCUUCCGGUUCCGGUAAGCAGCAGCAUCAGCUUGUUUCUUGCAGACCCCAUGAGAAUGAGAUCCGUCAGUCUCGUGCCGCCGCUCCGCCGGCGACGCCCCACCAUGAUUCAGCCAUGGAUCAGCAGCAGGUCCACAAAAAGGUUGAUGUCUCCAGUGACGGUGAUAACAAUGAUAUGAAGGAGAUGGAUAGAGGCAAAUCGGCCCAGCAAAUAGCCAAAGAGGAGGAGAUGGCCUUUGAGGCCAACAGCUUUGCCUCAUACCGUAAAAGUUGGGAAUCGAACUGGGGAGCGUGUAGCCGCGGGUUCUUCGAAGACACGACGACCGUGAGUCCCAUGCACUUUACCCACUGCACACCUGGAUGCGACCCAGGAGAUGCCGCCAUCGCUGGGGCCACCCUGCAGAUCUUCACUAUCAAGUUCGAGGAGUUAAAAGGCGGCCUUGAGUGGCCAUUGUCUGUGUAUGGUGUGGUUGCUGCGCGAGACUGCGUGGAUCACAGCCGCAACCUCCUCUUCUCUUGCGAUAGGUGGAGGUCGCAGAACCUCAGUCAGGAAGAUCCUUUUUUGCGCUUAAUUGGCCCGUCUCGUGCGAUUGUGUUUACUGAUGAUGUUUACUUUGAAACCGAGCUAAGAGUAAAAGGCAAAACAUUGUCUCAAGAUACAGCAUUGGUUAGUGGGAGACGCCACUACAGCGGAGGACGUACCAUUUCCUUCAGCAACUGCUUCUGCAGAAUAGAGUUAUGCAUGGAACGAAUUCAUGAAACUGUCCAGGCCACUAUAUUGGGUGUCCGUGUCAAAAAUGGACCAUGGCCUUUUGAUUAUGGCGGUAAAGUGGCUUGCCUCUCACCAUCGCGGACAUAUAAGGUCACUGGUGGUAAAGUCUUUUAUACUACUCAUGCCCCAUCCAUGGAAGUUGUGAUGCUUGCUUCACGUGGUAGAACAAUGCCUAAGGGUUCAUGUGGUUACCUUCGUCUAUCAAGGCAUGUAGUUUCUGUAGAACUAGAAGGAAGCCUGAAUGUUGUCAUACAAGCCUACUCAGAAUCUGGUGAUAUCACCGCACAAGGUGAGGUUUGCUUCACGCCCAAAGUUUGCAAUAUAAGUCAGGAGACAUGUUUCUUGGGUGACAGUGACCCUAAGGUGGAAGUGGAGAUUACUGUCGCUUGGUCUCUUCUAGUUUCGAACAGGCGUCAUUUGAUGAUGAAUGGAAUGGACUUUGGAGAGUUGAAGGAAGCGGUCAGUGGGAUGGGAGUUUGAAUGUUGUGAAGAUGAUGGCUAAAUAGAGGCAUGGCAGAUCUCUAUUUCCUCUAUUUUUAUCCAUCUGGUCUGUUGAAGUGCCUUUGUAUUUCUGCAUCUAAUAGCAGAUAUUUAUGUUUAAUGACCAGAAAUUCGGCUAUAAAUCUGCAUGUUAUGCAGGCAACCAUAUGUGUAUAACUUGUAAGUUAUGUUGUAUUAAG